AUGCCUUUGGAGAUCAGCUAUGCUAUUCGCAGCGGUAACUUUUACCCGCUUAAAAUUUCCCGCGUCCAUGUACUCGGCUUUGACGGCGUAACAGGCAACAAGAUCAUUGAUACAAAAUUGGGCGAGCUGCGGGUGGAUCCGCUGCGCAUGCAAUUUCAUCAGGGGAACGCUACCCUGCAUUACUUGACAUCGGAUAUGACUGACCCAGCACUCGUUGACUUAUUCGAUGUGUACUUGUGGAAAUCUCCCGAGAUCAAAGAACUCACGGUUCAUCGUGAUCAGCUGGCUCAUAUCGCGCCGCACGUCACUGGUCGUCAUCGGCGCCAUGUCGCUUUUACCAAACUGCGACAUGAGCGGAAAGAAGAACGCUGGGCCGACGGUACUUGCGUACCGCUUUUUCUCAGCGGAUCGCGUGCCGGCCUGUGGCUUGGCGGCUACCAGGUCCAGUCGCCGCGACCGCCUGGUGACUGUGCCCGAGCCGAUAAUGCCACUGUCUUCUUUGAUUUUGGGGCUGGUGGUCUUGGACACAUCGGAUAUCUUGCCCGCAUGGAAUCCCCCUUUUGCUGCUUUUGGUGGUGA